AUGCUUUCAUCAAGAGCAUCAACCAGACUCUGCGCGUCAAAACAAGCGGCCCAGCUCGCCCGGGCCGCGGCGCUUCACAACACCUCCUUCUUGGGCUCAGGAACAGCCGGCCUCCGCAUAUCCGCCUCGUUCCAGCAGCAACAUAACCCCAGCAGCAGCAGCAACAGCAGCAGAUCCUUCUCCACGACGCGGGCGUCGCAGCUCCGCGACUUCUUCCCGGCCAAGGAGACGGAGCACAUCCGUCUCACGGCGCCGGCAUGGCCGCACCCGGGGUACACGGAGCAGCAGAUGCACGAUAUCGUGCCGGACCACCGCAAGCCGCGCACCGUCGGCGACUGGGCGGCGUGGAAGUUUGUCCGCCUGGCGCGGUGGUUCAUGGACCGCGCCACGGGGCUCGGGUCCGAGCAGCAGGUUGACAAGAAGAACCCCACCACGUCGUUCGUCGCCGACAAGCCGCUCACCGAGGCACAGUGGCUAGUGCGCUUCAUCUUUUUGGAGAGUAUCGCCGGAGUUCCUGGUAUGGUCGCCGGCAUGCUUCGCCAUCUCGGCAGCCUGCGGCGCAUGAAGCGCGACAACGGCUGGAUCGAGACCCUCCUCGAGGAGAGCUUCAACGAGCGGAUGCACCUGUUGACCUUUAUGAAGAUGUCGGAGCCCGGCUGGUUCAUGAAGAUUAUGAUCCUCGGCGCCCAGGGCGUCUUCUUCAACGGCAUGUUCCUGUCGUACCUCAUUUCCCCCAAAAUCACCCACCGCUUCGUGGGCUACCUCGAGGAGGAGGCCGUGCACACGUACACGCGGUGUCUCUACGAGAUUGACCAGGGCCUGUUGCCCAAAUGGUCUGACCCCGACUUUGUCAUUCCCGACAUUGCGGUCCAAUAUUGGAAGAUUCCGGAGGGGCAGAGGACGAUGAAAGAUUUGAUUCUGUACAUCAGAGCAGAUGAGGCCGUUCAUAGAGGUGUAAACCAUACCCUCAGCAACCUCAACCAAAAGGAGGACCCGAACCCUUUUGUCAGCGAGUACAAGGAUGGCGAGAAGCCCAACGCCGCGUUGAGAGCCCAGGGAUUCGAGCGUAACGAGGUCAUCUAA